CUAACAAACAACUAGCAUCAGCAUUUAGACAAUACCAAGAAAUUAUAUGGAAUCAUUAUUUCAAUUACCCAUCACAAAAGGAAGUCACCACAAAUCUAGUAAUAUCUUCUGUCAAACAAACACAAUAUAGUGUGCCUAUUUGUACUAUAGGAUUAACUAAUACAAAUACACAACUAGCAAUCCAAAACAAAUACUGGCCAAGCAUAGAAAACAUUGCAUAUAUGGUACUCUUCACACUUAUUACAAUUGCACUAGCAAAUACCCACCUAAAAAUUUCAACUAACUUAUUAACAUUAAACAAGUUAAACAACAAAUUAACUGACACAGCACCUACAACUUAUGAGCAACUUAUUCGUCAACUUUUAGGCAAACUCUUACUUA